AUGAGCUCUGUAACUUCCUCUAUCGAUUGGUCAUCCACACCAGCAGAAACACCACGAACGGACCAUACUCCCAUUCCUACCUCCCUGACGCACAACUCCAUGUCAUUGGUAUAUGUCAAUACUCUUGGUCAAUAUGGAUGUCCUCACCCGACCCAUCAUUGGGAUUCUCUGCCUACUAGAAUAUCCUGCAUCUCACCUGGAACCAGAGUCUACAAACUCAACCUGAAUAAUGGGUUUAGUAAUUUCCUAGGAACCGGCUGUGGCAUUUCCUCCAUCAAGUAUGGCAACUCCCUGAUUCAUCAUUCUGGGAUGGGCGAGUCGGGUGUAACGAAAUUGACUCAUCCAUGUACAGUAUUGAAUGAAAGAUCAGGUGAGAUCGCCGAUCAAGAAAUUCCAAAUGGUUUUAGACAGAUGUGUAUGGAUAUAAUCUCUGUCGAGUCUGGGAAAAUCAAUCUCCGUGGGGAUUUUGAAAAAGAUGAAUUUCAUGGAUUGGAAACACUCAAUUUGAAUAGGAAUGGGACGAAAGAGGAAUUGAACAUGACUUUAGAUUGGUGGAAUUAUUAUACUACGUACCUCUCUGCUGAAAGAGAUGGAAUCGACCUUGGGCAUUCGUUGUUCCCUCCUAAAUAUGAUUUGACAGGUCGAAGAACGGGAUUAACAUGUGAGGAUGAUAUACCUGUCAUUGAAAGUCAAAAGGGAUCAAGUGAUUAUGGACCUAUCUUUCCAAAAGCUGUGGCAUCCGAUGGGAAGAUAAACUACGACUGGGCAUCCAUGGUGGAGUUGUUCGAUCUGGAUGAUCAAGUGCAAAGGCAAGUGCAGACUAGACCUUCGUCCACUUUCACUUGUUCUAUGAGGGACGAUGAUCGCUCUCAGGAGAAUGCGUUGAGUCAAAGCUCUAUCUCAUUGCCUCAUACACCUAUUAGAGAAGAUAUCUGA